AAGGAGCAAACCCCUACAUACAAUGUGCUGAACAUUUAAAGAGGACUUAAAUAUCCGCACAGAUAGAUUGAAUCAUCAAAAUUAGUAUCGCCCUCUAGCCACGUCGCAGUCCAAUAUCUCGACAAGCCUACAACAACACAUGGGAAUAUUCCCUAGGCAGCCUCCCAUCCUUUAAACUAUCAAGCCUCAAACCCAGCUUGGCUUGAUACAUUUUAACUUGAUUCUUUUUUUCUCCCUGGUAUGCAAAUCAACGAUAAAGCAAUCCGCAAUUUCGGCUCACGCAGCACGAAAUCUCUGACCUGAUAGCCUGAACAAGGCGAACCGAGUGCACCGUCAGGACUGAACCAUUAGCCGGUGAUGGCGGGGACAUUUAACAGUUUUAUUUAUAAACACACACACACCCCACCAGUCUCUGUUGCCACUAAGUGCUCGACAGCACACAUCGCUUGCUUGCUGCUGCUUGCUCUCUCUCUACGACGUGUUCACGCGUGGUGGCGUCAGCUGCACGUUGCGUGAACGCCGGUAUUACAGCUCUUCAGCCUGCUGUGUACGGUAUUCUACAUCAUCGUCAUCAUCAUCGUCUGCUGCUGCCGGAACUCGCACGCGAAGAGUAUUGCUGAUUACGGACUUAGUGUAGUGGUGGUGGUGUUCGCUGUAUUUGUAAUAGUCUCGCUGACCAUUACAAACAAGCCCUAAGGAGUUCCGUGAGCAUGGAUGAAAACGAAGAACGCGACCGGGACGCCUCGGAGAGAGUCAAAUCGUCUCCGCAGGAUGUCCAUGCCAGUGACAGGGAGGCCUUGUUCCCUCGAGAGGUUGAGGAUGAGGACUCCAGAACGGGGACAAGUGAUUUGCCCUCCGCCAGCCUGAAUGUCCUUAACUCCAUCAUAGGGGCAGGUAUAAUAGGAUUGCCCUAUGCCUUGAAGCAGGCGGGAUUCCCUCUGGGUCUAUUGCUUCUCGUGGUGGUGGCCUAUGUCACAGAUUACUCCAUCAUCUUGCUCAUCAAGUCCGGCUCUCUCUCUGGCACCACCACGUACCAAUCACUGGUGCACAGCGCGUUUGGUUACUUCGGCUACAUAGUGCUGUCCCUACUGCAGUUCACCUACCCAUUCAUUGCGAUGGUGAGCUACAAUGUAAUAACUGGUGAUACACUAACAAAGGUGUUUGAACGGAUUCCAGGAGUGGGUGAAGAGCAUAUCCUGGCAAACAGAUAUUUCAUAAUCUUCCUCACCUCGGUGUUUUGCACCCUGCCACUGUCCCUUUUCCGCGAUGUGGCCCAGUUGGGAAAGGUGUCUCUGAUUUCAGUGUUCUUCACACUCUUCAUCCUAAUUGUGGUGGUUGUCCGAGCAUUCACAUUGGGACCGCAAAUUCCUGCUUCCAUGAAUGCUUGGACUUUUGCGCAGCCAAAUGUGGUGCAGGCAGUGGGCAUCAUGGCUUUUGCUUUCAUUUGCCACCACAACACUUUCAUCAUCUACGGCUCGCUGGAGCAGCCCUCACUCAGCAACUGGUCCCGUGUGACGCACGUGUCGGUGCUGAGCGCUCUCAUCAUCAGCCUUAUCCUCGCGGCGUGUGGUUAUGCCACGUUCACGGGAUUCACACAAGGAGAUAUUUUCGAGAAUUACUGCAAAAACGAUGACCUGGUUACAGCAGGCCGCUUCUGCUACGCGCUGAGCAUACUACUCACAUUUCCCAUUGAGUGUUUUGUUACCAGAGAGGUGUUUGAGAACGUGUUCUUUGCGUCCGCCCCGUGGAGCCGCGUGCGACACACCAUCGUCACGGUGGUGAUUGUGGCAGCGGCCACGGCUGCCUCCGUCUCCACAGACUGCUUGGGCAUUGUGCUGGAGCUCAAUGGCGUGCUGUGUGCCUCGCCACUGGUCUUCAUUCUGCCCGCGGCGUGCUACCUGCGCCUUUCAUCCGAGCCGUGGUACAACCCAAACCGAUUGCUGUCAGCCGUCCUUCUGUUGUGCGGGAUGGCUAUCAUGGGAGUGGGGCUGGUCAUGGCCCUGCUGCACCAACAGACCUGCACACAUGGCCAGGAGAUGUUCUACUGCUCAUCGCUAAACGCCACCACCCUGCACGGUCACAAUGCCACCUUCCCCAGCAGCACUGUGGCUGGGUUGUGGACAUGAGGAUUGCUUCGUCAUUAAAUUCGUGUACAGUGCUGUAGUCCUCAAUAAAAAAAUAUACUCGUUUUUUUUCUUUCCUACCUAAUGUUGUAGUUAGUGGUGUACUUUCGACCAAUACAAUGUAUUGUAUACUUUGACGUACUGCCUAUACUAUUUAACCGUAUAUUUCCAGUACUGUGUUUGCGCUAUGAUUUAAUAUCGAGUUCCAGGCAAAUCUUUGAUUUUCAAAAACAUUCACAACUAAAAAGUAUUUAAAUACUUUACACCAACUUUCUAUAACUUAUUAAAUUUCAAAUGAGUGUGAUGUAAUUUAUCGAUUUGUCUAAAAAGGUUCCUGGCAUCUGACAGUGUCUAAUUUGUAGAGAUAUGAUUAAAACAGUAAACAUAACAGUUAAUAUAUUUAAAGUGAGUAUAUCAGUAUGUUGGAUUCCACUUAAGUAAUUAAAUUUAUUUUUAUUGCACGUCAUGUACAGUACUUUGUUGCUUCAGUAAUGCAGUAUUCCAUUGCGAUUCCAUAAUUAAUGGUCAAAACCAAAUAUCUCAAAUACAAUCGUAUAUUUUAAAUCACAAUAACUGCACAUGUAGUCAUUUCAAUGUUGAGGAAUAUGGUAACUAUAGUACACAUGUUCAAGAGGCCCUACUUGUAAAUGCAUUAAUAGAUUAUACUGUUACAAUAAACACUGCAUUUAUGAAAAAAA